CCAGAGGUCUUCACUUUGGUGGUCCCUCAUGGUCCGAUCUUGACCCAGAUAAAUGCCUCCAUCUCCCUACCUUGUGAACUCUCACCAAUCUUCAGUGCAGAGCCGUUGGAGGUGUGUUGGUACCGUCCUGGUAACUUCAACCGACCUGCCUUGUUAUACAAGGACCACAGCAUCCAGGCAUCUAUGGAUCCCCGGUACUGGGGCAGGGUGUCUCUAACUGGGGGGCUGGAGAGGGGGAACGUGUCCCUGAGACUAGAGAGGGUCACUCUGGAAGACAGGGGAGAGUAUGUGUGCCAUGUCAGCAGUGAACAUUGGUAUGAAAAGGCCAAAGUGUCCCUCACACUGAUUGGUAAGGAGCAGAGGACUAUGUUUCUUCAAUUGAUGAACCUGUAAACAAACAUAACGUGAUGUAAACUUGUUUAGGGAGAGAUACUGUGCUUUUGGGUUGAAUCUAGUUCAGAAUCUAACUAGUAUUACUCAUUUUGUUGAAUUUAUGAACAAUUCUUGAAAAUAGAACAAACUUUCUAACAGUGCUAUCUAUUUUUGGGGUUGAACUCCCUAUAUUUCCAAUAGUACUAGGUGGUAUCCCAGUUGUCUCUAUUGCUGAAGCAAGAGGAAGUGGAGGUCAGGUGAACGUUACCUGUUCAUCAGUGGGCUGGUCACCACAACCUACAGUCACCUGGAGAAACAAAGAGGGGAAAGAGAUCAGAAAUGGACAAGAAGUUCUCUACACAUCUGGUAAAAACAUUACUUGCAAUGAUAACAUACAAAUGUAUGUAAAAUGUUCAUUGUGAUGAUGGGUUCUGACUUCUAAACUUGAAAUAUGAAAUAUCCUUAUUCAUGUUACUGAGGGAGAGAGGGGAAGGCAGAACGUUUACAUUCUGUCAGAACAUGUUAUUGCUAGACAUCAGGUAUCCUAUGGAGAAGAGAAGGGCCACAGUCUGGUUUCAGUUGUUGGGUUGUAAUUUGAAAUACUUGCUACACCAGAAGUUAAUGGUUAUAUGUAGGAGGAAUGUGUAUGGUGGGGUCAAUGGAGGUUGGAUAUGAGCCAGGGGCUUGGAAUGUUACUAAGUAAGGGAAAAGGCAAUCACAUGGUUGCGGUCACUGAUAAGGGUGGAUAGCUGUGGAUUAGUGAGGAAUGGGGGCCGAGGUCAGGUCACAUGAAAGGAGAAGAAACAGUUUAUUAGCCAUAUCACUUAACUUCCUGUGUAGCAACAUAGAUGUAUUGACUGUCCAGAUGUUUAAGGAGGAUACUCAGCAUAGGAGGAAGGUUUAAAUACCUGUGAUUGUGUAAAUAUGUCUUUGUCUGAUGCAGCUGUGUGACCCUGUGGGUGAAUAAACUUGGUUUGAGCUUUACUAGUCAUCAGUGAGUUUCACUCUGUUUAUUUAGAACCUAACAGUGAAAAUCAAAACCAUCCUCUCUCUCUCUUUCUAUCUAUCUCUGUCUCUCUCUCUCUCUUUCUCUGUCUAUCUCUCUCUCUCUUUCUGUCUCUCUUUGCUGAAUCAGAUUCUCAGGGCUUGGUGAGUGUAAGUAGUUGGCUGCUGUAUUCUCUCUCAGACUCAGAUUGGCUCUCCUGUACAGUCUCUCUGUCUGAGGAGAAGAAGCGCGAGAGCAGAAUCCUGCCACAGAUAUGCCAGCCUGGUGAGUGAGUGUCCUACAAACAGCAUUCACCCAUUCAGAUCCCACUUACUUCCCAUCCCACAUACUCUGCUGUAAGAGGAAUGUGAACAUGCUGAAGAUGUGUCUCUAUCUUUCUAUCUUAUGAGUGCUUGGGUGAAUUUGUGAAUUUGAUUUUCUGUGUGCAGGACCCUGGAGAGAAGCAUUUAUUGCAUAUUUGGUCCUGUCUCUGCUCCUCCUCUCGGCUCUUGCAUCUGUGGUCAUCAUGCUGGGCAAACAAAGAAGUAUAUACUGUAACUUGUUACUAUCACUAUUUAUUACUAACCUUUUAUCUAAGAAAGCAUUUCAACAAUCAUUAUUUUUUAUUUUAGAUUCCCUGGCACGGUUGUCAUCACAAAAAAGCAAAGGCAGUCCAGGUAAUGUACAUUGUUAUAUGAUCUGUGUGACAUACAAUAAAUAGAAAUAUGAUGUGUAUCUAAUGAGAUAUCAGAUAUGUUGUAUCAUAAAAUAUGAUGCGUGGUCUUUCUCUGCAUUUCAGCAGAAACUGAGCUUGAGCAGAGGCCAGGUAACGUUUUCAUUCUCAAUCCAUCUUAUUUGGGUGAUAUAACAGAUACUGUACAUUUGACUAAGUCAAAUGUUUGUGCAAAUACACACAUAUCGCAAGUAAAUGUCACACUUUUACACUGCCUUCCACCUUCCCCAUUCAACAGAGUCAAGACACCUUAUUGAAGGUAAUCAAUGAAUAGUCAUGAUUAUGAUGUAUAACAUUCCUAAGUUUGAUAACCAUGCUUCAUAUCCAAAAGUCUGUCUUGAGUCACUAAUAUUUGUAUACAUUUCAAUAAAAUUAUUUUAUGGUAUUUUAUGUUUAUGGUAUUUGUGCUCGUAGAGGCAGGACACAUUCAUGAGAAACAAGCUGUUGAAGAAGGAAUUAAUCUAAAAGGUAAAGUUAAUAACCUAAAGUUUAGUAAAUUUAACUAGAGUCUAAUAUUCAUAGUAAUGUGAAUCUAAAUUAUAUAAUCUCAGUGUUUUCCAUUGACUUCAUAUUUGCUUUUCUGCAGAUUGGCUCCAGGUGAAAGGAUUCAAAAGUAGGAUAUUCUUUGUGGACAAAAUUACUAGAUGUUUAUUAGAUGAUAACUAUUAUUGUAUGGGCCUAAAUUGUAAGACUUAUCCAUGUCAACAUUGUGUCUGAAUUAAUGAAAUCAUAUUCUCUUCCCUCAGAGAACGUCACUAUGGAUGCCCCAGACUGCUCACCUUGCUUUUAAUGCGAGUGAUGAAGGAAAAAAGGCUCAGUACAGCACAGGAGAAGCUAACAAUUCCUCAAACAAGCAUCCCCAUGUGUUGGGUAAAGAGCGUUUAAUCUCUGGACAGCACUACUGGGAAGUGAAGAUGGGGGAUAAUUGUACAGAAAAGCUGUCAUGGUAUAUCGGUGUGGCCAGAGAAAAUGCUCAGAGAAAAUCUACCAUUCCUUUAACUCCUCAGUAUGGUUUCUGGAUUUUAUUUUAUGAAAAAGGAAAAGGUUUCCAUGUAAAAACAACUAACCCGCCAAAACAAGUAACUGUGGCAGAAUAUCUUUCUAUAGCAGGAGGGUUUCUAGACAGUGACAGACAAACUUUGUCUUUUUAUAAUGUUGAGACAAAGUCACAUCUCUACACGUUUAGUGAUGUGGUAUCAAACUGCUUUCUCCCUGUGUUCAGCCCUGGAAAAAGUGAUAAACAUGUUAUGAUAAUAUGUUGAAUAAAUACUAAGACAUGAAGGUGAAAACACGACAAAGGAGGCAUACUGUAGACAAUGUAUUUUAAAUUAGGCCAACACUACAACUACGGUAUGUUUAAUAUGAGGCAGCUGUAGGAACACAUGGCUAGGGUAUCAUUUUGACUGAAAUGUUAUUCAGGGAUGCUCAGUUCAACACACACACACACACACACACACACACAU